UUCAUUCGAUUAAAAUCGUACACGACCAAACCUACAAGGUCCUCUUUUUACAAGCCUCUUCUUGGGCGAUAUGAUCACAUACCAUGCGAACUCUUCCGGAUAAACAACUCGAGGGAUGUUAUAUUGCGGGACUACAAAAAACGAAUCAAGUUGGGAAGUACUUCUUGUGAUCUGUGCGUACAGGAGGAUGGCCUGGUUCAUCCUAAGCUAGGCCCUAUGUUUGAAGGUCCUAACGGUGCAUCUGUGCGGCCUAAUGGUGCUUUCUUACAAGAACUUGUUCGUGUCUUCCACAAUACAAAAAGUGUAAUAUAUCGCCUACCGGAAGGCACAAAACUUCCACCGGAUCUUGUUUGUCUGCACGAACACACAGAGCAUCACUCGAUACAAUGCACCGUACCUAUGACGCUUCACGAACUGAAUACUAAAAUCACUAGGUUUUUCCAGAAAUACGGAGAGGAGAUGACAAAAGCGGAAUUUGAGGAACGUUACCCAUUCAUCUAA